UAAAUUUUUAAAGUUUUGCAACAACUUCAUCAUGGGGAUUUAUGGCGUCUUGUUUUUGUCUUUAUGUCUUGUAUUGGGAGCAUCCGGAGUUCAGCCCAGGCGUAAACCAAGAGAACGACUGUCUCGAACAGAAAAAAUAGCCAUGAUAAAGAAAUCUCCUUCCUAUAUCGCAGACCUAAAAAGAUUGAGACCUGGGCAAAAAAUGCCAAGUUUUUGUGCCUACUCAGAAUACGGUUGUUGUAAGGACCAAAACACAUUUGCUGAGGGUAAAUUUGGCAUGAGCUGCGAAGUAAAGCUGUGCAUUGACAAAACUGUGGCUUACUGUUACUUCAAAAGAAUGCGAAAACAUUUGUACUGUGGAGAAUCAAUGCCUGACAGCAAAAGAUGUCCUUACUCUUGUGGCCAUUGCAGUUAUCCAGCACCACCUAUUAAAAGAUGUUUAGAAAGAAAUCCCGCAUUCGGUUGUUGCUGGGACGGAUUGAUGCCUCUUGGAAAACAUGGACGUGGAUGCAGACCCUGUAUGAAUAUCCAUGAGCAUACCUGCGCACUGUUCAAAAACGUUGCUGGUGGCUGUGAGUCAGGAUCGUGGGGCAUAAGAACAUACAUGAUUAAAUAUUGCCCAUUGUCAUGUGGAUUUUGUGAAGAGGCUAAUUUUAGUCARCUGCGACAAUCACGGCGGCGACAUCAGAAACAACAGAUUGUGAAGCCACGGCGGGGUUGAAAUGAAAUUCGCUCAUCGAGUGGAAAAACAGCGUCUACAGACCAAGUCAUCUUUCCUMAUUUUCUAAUCGGACUCGGCACUUACAGAUAAGAACAAGAAUGAUACUAGUGGAGUAGAUUUCAAAAAGCUUUAAAUCAUAUGUAAAUACUCGGCAGGUUUUGCAUGUUUUGUAUACAGAGAAAGGAAUUUGAAAGCAUUAGAAGGGCUAUUUAUAAUUUCCACAAAUUAUACAAAUACUUCUUUAAUAUAGUGACGAUGGAAGUCAUAUUACCAGCAAAUAUAAUAAAUGUUUGAAAUAACUGCAA